ACUGGUAGCGCAUCUUUCGGGUGGCGGGAACUGAAUGAUGGAGAAUUCGUAUCCCCGCUAACUAUUUCUAUACUUCUUACUCUGUUAGAAAAGCUGCAAGAGGUAGAUCGAAGCGAUAGGGUGCAGGAACUUAGCGUUGUCGUUGAAGGUGAAUCUUAUUUUAUUUUUGUUGUAAGUCUGGUGAGUCAAAACAAUUUGUAUUUUGACUCUUGAACUUUCUUGUAGAUGCAACAACAGAGGGUCAAGGUGAUGAAGGGGGUUCCCAAGAUGCACCUUUUGAGGAAGAGGGUCCAGCUUCACGUGAUCCGGUAUCAGCUUCUGACGAUAUGCUGCUGGACGAUAUGUUGCGUGAACAAGCCCAAUACGAGGCCGCCAAUCCAAUAAUCACAGCUGACUCGCCUGCAAGGGUUGUUAUUGACGCUCGGUCAUCAGGCUUCCAGCAACAACUCCCGGUUUCUUUAGGAAUGCCAACUACUGUACCUACUACAACUAUUAGCGGGAGUUUGACCGAACAGGCCGUAAGACCAACUGAAGAAGUUGGUGCUUCAACGGCUACUACACCCGUAAUGCUUUCUGCGACGCAUGAAGUUGAGCGACUAGAAACGGGUGUAGUGUGUUCGGUUAGAGAAAGCUCUUCGGGGACUGGUAAAUCUCGCGCGAUAUCUCUUUUUUUCUGACUUAUAAUUAUGGGAUAUUUAUGAUCUUGCGCUUCCUUUUUUCUUUUGUUGUUGCAAGAUUAUCGUCUCAACUUCGUGAAGCUUUUGAUGCUUUAUUAUCUGAUGACGAUCCCGAUAAGCUUCUCCUUUGCUUGGAGGUCAGCAACUUCUUUAAUUUUGUAGAGUCGUUAAUCGACAAACUCCUGGAAAAGAAGAUCCCUUUCAGACACUUCUGGACGGUCCUUGAGCGCAAAAUAGCCUUAAUAAAGGACAUUGUCUCUCUCAAUAUAGCUAAAGCUUUGACCGACGAUAUGAAUCAACUAGAGCGCAAAUUUGUGAAACUACAAGAGCUCCAAUUUGUUGGUGUUUCUGACUAUGUUGCUGCGCGAAUGGAGGUUCAUUUGCAAACAUGGCGUGAAUCUCGAGCAUCCGUUGGGCUUAGGAUCCAGGCACAGAGGAAGCAUGUUGACCAAGCGGAGGAAGUUCUUUCCGAAAGAUUGGCUCAUUUAUGCGAAAUCGACUCGUCGUUAGCCUCCGUUGAUGUCGAAAUAGCGGAGCUUGAACAGAAACUGGCGGAAGCAAAACAACGAAGAACUAUUUUGGAGGUGACCAAGGCUGGGGAGGAGCAUAGCAAGACCGUGAUGUCCAGCAAAGUGGCGCUCUCGAGGGAAAGGUUAGCCAAAAUGGAAGAAGAAGCUGCCCAACUCCUAUCUGCUUAUGAGGACUCUUUUAAGAUAGAGCUACAGCGUGAGCUUGAACGUACUUAUGCUAAAGAGUUUGCCAAGCUAGAGCAACAAAUUAUUAGUCAAAAGUUCAAUGUAAAGUGA